UUACUCUUAUUUGUGUUCAGGCUGCAGCAAAUUUCACCAAAGACGAAGAAGAGGGAGCACGAAGAAGAACAGCUAAGAGGAAAGUCCGCCUGUCCGUGGCCUUAGGUGACUGAAAACGGGAAUUAAAUACACGUUGACGACGCUUGGGCUUUCUGUAUUAUGCGGACACUGAAUCCAACGCAUCCAGGUUCAAGUUAAGGUAUUUGACCUCUUCGCGUAACUCACUGACGCGUUCCAGGAUUGUGGAGAAUUUUAAAGACAUUUUUUAGCGAGCAAACGAAACCUGUUCCAAGCAUUUAGUCGCACGAAGAAAGAAACCAGUACACUUUGGGAUCUAGCCAUGUCUCGUCGACGAAGCCGCACUCCAUCGCCAGGACGGUUUUCACGCUCCUGCAGCAGCAAUGAUCCGAAAGAUUUGGAGAGAAGGAUUUUUGUUGGAAAUUUGCCAACGUCCGACAUGGAAAAGAAGGAUUUGGAAGACCUGUUCAGCCCAUAUGGGAAGAUAGUCGGCGUGUCCAUGUUUCGUGGGUUUGGAUUUGUACAGUUUGAACGCGUUGAGGAAGCCGAAGCUGCAAAGGCGGCCCAAAAGGGUCGAAUAUAUAAAGGUUAUAAAAUAGAUGUAAAUAUGGCAGUGGAGCGACGGCAAGCUAAACCUCAAUCCCAGCAGAGCCCUCCACGAAGGGCCUCGUAUGGCAGUUACGGGGACAGCAAGGAGCCUCGACCUCGGUCCCGUUCACCCGUUUACGGACGCGAGCCUCGGGACAGCCGUGAUGGAAGGGAGUCGGGCAGAGAAUCAAGGCCAGGUGGCCACUCUCGAGACCCAGAUUUCCGGUACCGUAGCUCAGAGACCAGAGACAAGGACAUCAGAGGUGACCCUCGGGAUUCUGCGUACAGCAGAGAGGACUAUGACAGAUACUACCGCAGUGGCAGCGGUGCAGACGACUAUUACCGGAGGAAGGACGAGCCCUACAGGGAUCCUUAUGCAGAUCCCUGGAAUGGACGGCGUGACCCUGAAGAAGAUCGCGCUCGACCAGAAGAGCGCCGGCGCAAUGAACUCUAUCGACAGUACUAUGAAGAACUCCAGCGGCGCUACGACGUGGACCGUCCUGUUGACUGCUCUGUGAUCGUUGUCAACAAGGCACAAAAUAGGGAGUAUGCGGAGACGGUCGGGCGUAAAGUCCGUGAUUUGGGAAUGGUGGUGGAUCUGAUCUUCCUCAACACAGAAGUGUCUCUAACCCAGGCCUUGGAGGAUGUAGGGCGAGCCCGGACUCCCUUUGCCAUCAUCAUUACCCAGCAGCACCAGGUCCACCGCUCCUGCACUGUCAACAUCCUCUUUGGAACGCCUCAAGAACAUCGAAACAUGCCAAUGCAGGACGCCAUGAUGCUGGUCGCCCACAACUAUGACACUUACAAAGUUGAAAACCGUGAAAAGGAGCGGGAGGAAAUUGCCAGAAAGGCGGCCAAGAUGGCGGAUGACGUGCUACUCAGAGAGCCUGACAGAGAGGCUCACCCCAUAUCGGUCCUCACUGCUAUCACACUGCUGUCUGAAAACAGAUUUGUGACUCCAGAGGAACUGGACAGUCUCAUCGCAUAUCUAAAGGAUAAAAGAACUCGGCUGGUUCGAAGCACAGCAGAUCCUCUAGCAGCUCCAGUCCACAUCGGAGCUCCUGCACCAGUGCAUCAUGAUGUCCCCCCCUCAGCUGCAGUCCCUCCUUCAUCCCAUUCUGCUCACCCAGCCCCCCAGUCCAGUCACCUCGCCCUGUCUGCUUCCGCUUCAAGUGUCUCGGCCAACCCCAGUCAUCAGCAGGAGCUGCAGGCUAAAAUCCUCAGUCUGUUCAACAGCGGUACUGGACCGCUAGCGGGCACCGGCAGCCUUCCUUCUGCCACCUCCCAGUCGCACUCCUACGGCUCUCUGGGCCCAGCUCCUUCCCAAAACCCGUCCCGCCCGACCAUGCCUGUCCAACCCACAGCCGGAGCUCAGGCUUACGGCGCCCCGUCAGGCCGCAUGCCGGUGGCAGCAGCUGGUCAGAGACCCCCUGCCUCUGCUUCAGGUAUCAAUUUUGACAACCCCAGUGUCCAGAAAGCUCUCGACACAUUAAUACAGAGCGGACCGACUCUCAACCAUCUGGUGGGCGCGGGGGCCUCUCAGCAGCCAGCCCAGAGAGCAGCACCCAAUGCGGGCCAAGCUCCACCCAUGUCCAUGUACCCCCGACAUUACUGACAGGCUGCGGUGCGUUAAUCACUCCUAAUGUGAGGUCCAGCUCUCCCUCUGAUAGAAGUAGACACCGCAUCUUUUUCUGUGCAGUGCAGUUACCAGCAUUGUAUCGGUAGACCGUAGGGAUAUUUUGUAAAAACUUUUAAACAUUUUUUCCUCAGUAUUGUGUUGUUUAAAUUUGAUGACUCGUUCAGACUACUUAAGAGUCUGCAUUUUCAAUUAUCUGCCAGUAGAUAUUUACAAAUGAUUAAAACAAUGAAGUUUGGAAGUACAGUUUUGGUUCUUUUUCAGUGACAAUGUGUUUGUCUUUUAAUUUGUAACAUUGUUUCUGUUGUCAAAAAGAGACACAAUUAAAAACUCGAGACACGA